GCCUCGUCGCAAAGCUCCUUUUCCGCCAACUCGCCGAGCGCCUCCGAAACAAAAGGCGCACCCUGCUGUCGCGACGCUUUCCAAGCCCAAGCUGACCGCUGACGGGGUCGGCGCCUCGGCGGCGGCGGCAGAGCGGCACGCGUCGCCGCGCGGUUCGUCCGCUCUCGCGUUCAUCCCCCGAGCUAAGGAAUCGCGGAAUCCCCUCGCACCAAGCUUGCAGCUGCAGAGUCGCAGUUUCAGGGAGACGUCGCCGGCAAGAACAGCACGGGGCGCACGGCACGUACGCGCGGGCGCAGCAGGAGGAUCGAGGAGGAGGUGGUGGUGCAGGCAUGGCGAGCGUUGGCUACUACGACGACCGGCGCUACGGCGGCUACGCGCAGCCGGCGGCGGACGGGGCGGGGACGACGUCGCUCCACCUCUUCCUCUUCCUGGCCACCGCCUCGCUCCUCGGCGCCGCCUCGCUCUACUCGCGCUGCGAGUCCGCGAUGGAGAGCCUGUUCGACCAGGUCCGGAUCGUCGUCGUCCUGUCCCCGCUGCUGCUCCUGCUCGCGAUGCAGUACUGGGGGGCCGCGAGCGGCAGUGGUGCCGGCGGCGGGCGGCGGGCGGGUCUCUCGUCGCUGCUCAUGGCGCCGCUGGUGGGGGAGCACGGCGGCUGGUACGAUCAGCGGCGGGACGGCUCCUCUCCGUGGGGCGUCGCGCUGGCGCUGGCGCUCGUUCUGCUGCUCAUCUCCUACCAGUCUUGCUUCCAAGAUUGGUGGUUCCCGCUUGUUAACCGCCGCCGGUGAGCCAAUCACCGCCGACGAGAGCAGUGCAAUUGGCAACCCGCCACGCCUUGCUCUCAUCCAUGGAGACAGGGAUCCGAUCAACUGCGAUCGAUUAGCAAGUUGAAAACUUCCGAUCACUGGUUCAUUCCACGGAUGGAACAUGCUUAGCCGCGCGAUUUAUGCUCCAUUUUAGUAUUAGUUACUGUAUUAUUAGUAGUUCGUAGUACUCUGUUACUCAUCAGUCAUCACUGGUUUCGCUGCUGGAGGAGGGGAAAAGGAUAGGUAGGGGAUAUUUUUGCUGCAUGGACAUUGGAAUCUGGACUCUGGUGUCUUGAGCUAUUAGGCAUUAAUUAUCCAUUAAUAUUGGAUGUAAAUGUAAUGGCAGCAUACUGUGACACUGACACACUGCUGUGUGCUAUAAAUAAGACAGUUCAAGCAAGUA